AUGCAUUCAUGCCUCGACAAAUUUGAGGGUCCUGGUCUCAACCACAAUCUAGAAGGUGCUCCAGGACCUUCCAACGUUCCAUACGACAGAGUACUUCUGUCACCCGGAGGAAGUUUGAAUGUCAAUCUGGGUCUGAGGUCCGAAUGGGCCGCAUUUGACCAGGCUGACUGGGCAAACAGCCGACUCAAGCCACGUACCACUCUGGAUCUUUACGAUCAGGACGACAGUUGUUCUCAACGUGAGACUGUCCAGAAAGGCAAAGGCAAGGAGAAGGACUCGAUGGGCACAGCAGGUAGUGACACCUUUCAUUUGCCGCCUUUUGGUGUUUUCCCUGUGGAAGAUGCUUCUGUUGAACCUGUUCCAUAUCUGCUCACCCGAUACCUCGAUAAUAACUCCGAGUGCAUGGAAGUCACACUGUUUUUUGAGGGUAUGCUUUGGAUGUCCAGAGAAAAGUCUCCUAACAGCGACACAGAAUCGGAUCCUGAUUUCCUUCCUUCGCCCGGACCUAGUCAAGCCAAGCUUCACGAAGAGAUCCAGACCUAUGAUCAAAGCGAAGACGACGGCAAGAACGAUGGCGACGACGAGAACGACAUUAACAAUGCUGGGGAGUUUCUUAGUCCCGAGACCUACACGAAUGCCGAUGGGCACGUCUCACUCUUCGACUCCACCUGCGAGUUCUCCGUCCCAUGCCACAUGGGUCCCUCUCCAGAUGGAAAGCACUACCGCAAGGUCGUGUCACACUUCUUCGGCCGCAACAAGGCUUCAACCAAGCUCUUUCCUGAUGCUGUCUGGGUUCAUUACUGCCGCAAGCACUAUCAGCGAGCUCGUUACCGCGCUGAUCAGUGGCCUUUCACCCAAUGCGAGCUACUCCUUGAGUCUCUCACUCGCAUGGAACAGUGGGAUGGUGUGGAAAGUUUCGAGAUCACACUCCGCCGCCGUGAAAUAAUUCGAGUCGAGGAGGAGGAGAAAGUCACUGAUUCCAGCCCUGCUGGCAGCAGCAAAAAGGGAAAGGCUCCCGCUACUGCAGCGAAGAAGUCAUCUUCUCGAAGCCUCGUCUCUGGCCGGAAGCUUCCACGGGCUGUUAUUGCCCCUGUUCCUGAGUGGCUACGCGAAUUUGUCGGGCAUGGAAAAUCUUUCGACGAGAUUCGUGCCGUUGUCGAACGGAUCCAUCGCUACAUGGCAGAAAUGCGCGAGGAAGAAAAAGCUCAACUAGAGGCUCAGAACAACUCCGGUGAAGGCCCUAGUCGCAACGGCAAAAAGGGCAAGUGGCUUCCAACCAGAAAUAUCUCUCAGGAUCACGAACGCGUGCAGGAGAGCCGUGCUAGGUUCCCGGAUAUCGAAAUCCUGCCUACCUUUAAGCCAUGGGUUCUUCAAGCUGCCCUGCGUCAGCGCGAACAGCGCGACACUGCGGUCGAGGAGGUUGACCAAGAUGCGACUGAAGAGGAUCCCGAAGCUCGAGACGAACAGUACAGUGAUACUACUCAGAUUGACCACGACAACGAUGAGCAUGGCCGAGAGGAAAUGGGGAUUGGCCGGACUGGGUUGAACCGUGGAAACUCUGCGAGUCAACGUCGUCGCAACGACAAAUCUUUUGUCGCCAUGGUGACUCGAUCUGCCCCUCGCAAGCGGGUCCACGAAAGUCGUCAAAGUGAAGAUCGCCACGGUAAACGUGCUAGACGUAGCCGUCUUUGA